AUGGGUCUCAUUUCACAACUGUACAGCCUUCGUUGGCUCUUUGCGGCGAUCUUGGUAGCUGUGUACGUCGGCCAGAAGAUCAAGACGUAUAAUCGACUCCGAGCGUUCAAGGGCCCGGUCCUGUGCGGCUGGACGGAGGCGUGGCAUGCCUGGGCGAUUCUGACUUUCAAGUCUCACCUGAAGUACGAUGAAGUAUGCAGGAAAUACGGGACGAUCGCUCGCGUCGGGCCGAACGACCUGAUCACUUCUUCGCCCGAGCUUCUCGUCUACAUGAGCGGUAUCCGGUCGCCGUACACGCGAACGGAGUGGUACUACCGCGCGUGCCGGCACAUGUCAGAGAACGAUCAUGUCUUUAGUGAGAUGGACGAAGAGAAGCACAGGGUGCUGAGGCAACGGAUGGGAGCCGGGUAUUCUGGAAAAGAGAACCUGGCGCUAGAGGACUCGGUCGACACACACGUGUCGGAGCUGGUUCAGCUCAUCCGGUCAAAGUACAUGUCCACAGAGUUCGCGGCGCGGCCCAUGGACCUGGCCAUGAAGAUGCAGUACCUGACGCUCGACGUCAUCAGCAACAUCAGCUACGGCAAGCCCUUUGGCGACCUGCGCGCCGAUGAAGACAUGUUUGGCGUCGCCGAGUCAGCCGAAGUCGGCAUGACAAUCUUUACGUACAAGAUCGGCCUCGGCCUCUACAAGAUCCUGCAGAAGCCCAUCGUGGCACGCCUCCUCGGCCCCAAGGAGACGGACGCCUCGGGCUUCGGUCGCAUGUUCGCCAACGGCCGCGCCAUCAUCAAGGAGCGCCUGGCGCGCGACACGGAGAAGCGGUCCGAUAUGAUUGCGUCGUUUAUCCGGCACGGCCUUAGCGAGGACGAGAUCCUUUCCGAGACGACGCUGCAGAUGAUUGCCGGGUCCGACACCACCGCCGCGUCGCUGCGCAUCAUCAUGCUCUACCUGCUCACCCACGCCCGCGUCUACGCGAAGCUCCAGGCCGAGAUUGACGCCUACGUCAGGGACGGGCAGGUUGGGUCCCGGCCGUCGGGCAUCGUCUCGGACGCGGAGAACAGGCGGAUGCCGUACCUGCAGGCCGUUAUCAAGGAGGGCAUGCGUGUGCAUCCGCCCGUGACGAACAUGGAUCCCAAGCGGGUGCCGGACGGAGGCGACACGGUUGUCGUGAACGGCGAGUAA